UUCGUUAAAAUAAUUAAGUGGGUGACUGUAGAUGGAAACUUGUGCCCACCGCCGAAACCCUGUGUCUGUGUGCGGACUUUAAGAACAGAACAAGAGUGAAUUCCCAAAUUAAAAGACCACCUUAAUGAGUCUUAGAUAAGCCAAGGGCAAUCUUAAUAUUGUCUCCGGAAACGAGUCUUCGAUUUUGACUUCAUCGAUUCUCAUACAAAAACAACGACCACCGAUUUCCCCGCGUUCUUGGCUAACCCGCGCCGUGAGCGGACGAUUUUGUCCUACGCACCCGGAGAUGAUGAUGACGGACGAGGAGAUCCUGAAGAUGCUGGAGGGCCCCACGGUCGACGCCACGCGUCACCAGCACGAGGCCCUCCGGUCCAUCCUCGAACUCCAGGGAGCCGUAAGCUAUCUCCGGCCCCACCUCCAACCCUACAAUGCGCCGGUCGACGCUGCCACCUUCAGUCGCGCCGUGCCGUUGUCUUCCUACGAUGACUACGUUGACCACAUCAAUUCCAUGGCUAACGGUCUCGUAGACCAUGAUCAGCCUCUCCUGUCCGUUGAUCCUCUGGUCUGUUUCUUCUACAGCUCAGGGACAAGUACCAUGAAGCCUAAACUGAUCCCUUACUUUGAUUCAAAGCUCUCAAAAGCUGCCUCAUUCAUAGCUCAUAAGGCCGGCGGCGCCAUACUUCGAAGGUUAUUUCCUCCUAGGACCUCAGUGGAUAAGAUCCUAUGGUUUCUUUAUGCUGAUAAUAUUACGACCACCAAAGGUGGUUUUAAGGUUAUGGCUGCUUCUUCAUAUCCUUUGCAGAACAGUAGCUCGAAUUGGUCUCAGUUUCAAUCUUGUUCUAGUCCCCGGGAAGUCAUUCUUGGAUCAAAUGUGGAGCACCAGAUGUACUGCCACCUUCUUUGUGGCCUUAGGAACUGUGAGUUUAUUGAUGCUAUUCGAGUCCCGUAUGCAAUAGGCUUGAUAAAAGUGUUUGGUCUUUUAGAGUCCAAGUGGGAGCAGCUAUGCGACGAUCUCAAACGCGGGGUUCCGAGUUCGGAUAUUUCCGAUGUUGUAAUGAGAGAUUCUGUUACCGAAGUUCUUGGUGGGCCUCAACCGGAACUGUCGAGCAGAAUCCGGUCAAUCUGUGAGGAGAAGAAUUGGGGUGGAAUAGUGUGUAAAUUGUGGCCUAAUGUGCGGUACAUUAGGUGUGUUAUCACAGGGAGCAUGAAGCAGUAUUAUCCAAAGCUUAAGCUGUAUGCGGGGGAAGUACCUUUGUUAGGUGGAGACUACUUUGCUUCCGAGUGCUGUGUGGGUAUAAACUUGGAUAUUAUGCAGCCUCCGGAGACGACUCGAUUCGUUUUGCUUCCAACGGCAGCAUACUUUGAGUUUCUUCCAUUUGGUUUGGAUGAGACAAAUGUUGUUGGUGAAGAAACAGUUGACAUUUCUGGUGUAGAGGUAGGGAAGAUGUAUGAAGUGGUUGUGACUACUUAUAGAGGAUUUUAUCGAUACCGUUUAGGCGAUAUUGUGAGAGUUGUUGGCUUCUAUAAUUCAUCUCCACAAGUGGAGUUUGUGAUGAGAGCUCCUAAAAAUCCUUCUGAAAUAGUUACUGAGAAAGAUUUGAUGUCUGCCAUGGAAAGUUUUCAAAGGGUGUUAAGGAAUGACAUGGGAGCAGAGAUUACAGAGUUUGCAAGUUUCUUGGACUUGACAUUGACCCCAAAGGAGUUGAAGGUUUAUAUAGAAGUUAGAGAGGGAUGUAUGUUUCUUCAGGAGGACUCAGUUGUAACUCUCAAGAGGUGUGGUUCCUCCAUGGAAGAUAGCUUGGGAGGCAUUUACAUGGUGCAGAGGAAAAGAGGCGAAAUAAGGCCUUUGGCAGUGUCCAUUGUAAAGCCUGGCAGCUUUGAUGGGUUAUCACGGUUAGCAAUUGAGAAUGGAACGCCGGCAAGUCAAUAUAAGCCGCCCAAGAUUAUAAGAAAUCGCCAAAUUGUUGAAUUCAUUGAAAGAUGUAUUCUUGUCACUGUUUCUUUGGAUGGUUAAGAAGGAGAAGACCCAAUGUUUUUCC